AUGCGAUCUUUUAGCAUAAUUUUUUUCAUUUUAGAAAUAGUGAAUACUUUUUUGGUAAAUAAUACUGCAUUUUUUCAUAAUCAUGAUAGUAUAAGACAAAAAAGAGGGAUUUUAAAAAAUAUGAGAUAUAUAUGGUCUGAAAAAGAAAUACCAUAUUAUGUAGACUCUUUAUUAGAUCCUACUUUAGUUAAAACCGCACUUAAUAGAAUAUCAAAAGAAACGUGUUUAAUAUUUAGGCAUAAAUUAGAAAAAAAUAAAGCUUUAUUUAUUUAUUUACAUAAUGAUCAUUAUGAAACAAAUUUAGGAAGAAGAAGAGAAAUUCCUCAUAAAAUUUAUAUUUCAUUAUAUUUAAGAGAUAUUGGAAAAAUUAUUCGAGAAACAAUGCGUGCAUUAGGAGUUGAAUAUGAACAUAAUAGAUUUGAUAGAAUUCGUCAUAUAAUAGUUAAGAAAAAAAAUAUUCAACCUUUCUUUUUAAAAUAUUUCUCUCAAGAGAAUGCGUUUUUUUCAACCUAUUAUGAUACAAAAUACGAUCAUAGAUCAAUAAUGCAUUUUUCACAAUAUGAAUAUACAAGAACACUACAAAAAGUUAUCAUAUCAAAAGAUCAUUUAAUGCAGCCAUUUAUGGGUAAAUCAAAAUAUCUUACUUUUAAUGAUGCUAAAAUUUUGAAUGAAAAAUAUUGUUCAUUUCCAUUUAUAAAUCAUUUACCAUGUUUUUACAAAGGAUAUCAAGAUCCAAGAAUACCCAAUAUAUGUAAAUGUUUGCCAUAUCUUACUGGUAAUCAAUGUGAAAUAAUUAGACCAAAUGAUCCACAAUGUACACAAAGAAUGAUAUUUGCUGAAGUAGAAAGACAAAAAUAUAUAAUUCUUAGAGUAGGAGGAAAGUGUACUUUUUAUUUUAGAACCAAAGUUGGAAGUAGAAUUAUGAUGAAUUUAAAAUUUCUUAGCAUUGGAAAUAUAGACAGAGGGCCAUGUAAUGAAGAAAAUAGUAUCGAAUUUAAAUAUAAAAAUGAUUAUUCUGUAAGUGGAUUUUUGUUUUGCCCCUAUAAAAAUGAAUUUAAUUUUACAUCCUUAUUUCAUUCAAUUACAAUUGUUUCAAAUUUUCCACCUACAAAUGCUCAACUUCAAGUAACUUUUAAGAAAGUUAAAAAACCACGUUAG